CAAACCCUAACCAGGAAGAAGCCGACUCGACGCUGGCCGAAUCUGGAGGAAGAGGGAGGGAGCACGACGGGGAGAGACGAGAAGAAGCUGAAGGCGAGCGAGUGUGGGAAGGAAGGAGAUGAAGGUCCGCGCGUCGGUGAAGCGCCUGUGCGGGUUCUGCAAGGUGGUGAAGCGCCGGGGCAUCGUCUUCAUCCACUGCACCGCCAACCAAAAGCACAAGCAGCGCCAGGGCUUCUCCACCAUCGCCGAAGCCGCCGCCUCAUGCCUCCACGUGCCGCCGCCACCGCCACCGCCACCGCCUGUCAGCGGCUCCGCCUCCGCCGCAGCGUUUGCGGAGGCUUCGAAAGUGGCUAGACAAGAGAUGCUUACAAAAUUUAAUUGGCCUUUGGGUUUAGCUGCCCUGCUGAAGAAUGGCGAAAAAUGAUGCAUCUGCUCUACUAUAGCUGGCAUUUCAGAAGCAGAUGAUCCAUAGAGCUAGUUGGCAUUUUUUAUAUCAAACAAAAGCUUGUAGCAAAAACUCAGAGAUGUAUCAUCAUGAUGUAUUUUGCAGUAACUACUCGUCAGUUCAAAUGGUCCUGUGGUGGAAUAAUAUCAGCACAUAUUGUUACGCUUCUUAAUAUGUCUUCUUUGUUCAAACAAACACAUUUGAAGAGAUCAAUACAUGACUCUGCUAUUUACCUUG